AUGUUAGAUUUACCUUCAGAUAUUCCAGCAAAUGUACCUUUAGGAGUCAAGAUCUACAAGGACCAAUGUAUAUACAAUUACGACACGCCAGAGAAUAAUGAGUUGGGAAUUGAUAUUGAUCUCAAGACAUACAGGGCCUACUCGAGAAAUAAAGAUUAUAACUUUACAAAACAAAAUUAUGAACAGACUGGAGAUUACUUAUAUCUUAACAUUAGGAGAGCUCUUAAACCUCAAGAGGAGAUAAACAAGUUGUUGUAUGACGAUAAUGGUGAAAAAAGUCCCAAAAUACAAAAACUUGAGAUAAAGAAUGUUAAAGAAGAAGACUAUUACAUUACACAACUCGCAAUUUACGAUAUAAGAGAUGAACGUUUGUACACACAAGAAGAAGUUACCUCCAAGUUAUGGGGUGUAGCUGAGCAAAUUCUUGAAAGAAAUUCUUUGAACAAAGAGAAUGAAAUAAAACAAUGGGAGCAAGAAAUUGUUCCUUGUCCCCACUCCAUUGAUUUACAACCAAAUAAUGAGCGUGCUUCAGAAUUGGAUUCAAGAACUGAACCGGGCAAGUGUCACGAGUGCGAGUUGACGGAAAACUUGUGGAUUUGUCUCCAUUGUGGACAAUUGGGGUGUGGAAGGCAACAGUAUGGCUCAACAUUGAAAGGAAAUGGCCACGCUUUAAAACAUUACGAAGAAACACCAACACAUCCUGUUGCAUUGAAAUUGGGCUCGUUAAGCAAGGAAUCGGAAAGCUGCGAUGCCUACUGUUAUCAAUGUAAUGACGAAGUUAAGGUCCCUGAUUUAGCAGCCAAAUUAAAAGUAUUCAAUAUUGACCUUGAAACAGCGAAAAAGACAGAAAAAUCUUUAGUCGAAUUGAACAUUGAUCAAAAUCUUAACUGGGAUUUUAGAUUAGAAGGUGCAAACGGUGAAAAGUUACCGGCUGUUUAUGGUAAGGGAUUAACUGGAAUGCAAAACUUGGGUAACUCUUGCUACUUAAACUCCGUCUUGCAAGCUCUAUUAGACUUGGAUAGUUAUAAGCAAUUUAUUCUGCAGCUUGACUUUAGCUCUAGCAAAGAUCCCACAGAGGAUAUCAAAGCCCAGCUUAUAAAGUUAUACGAUGGAGUUUGGAGUGGCCGAUACUCGAUUCCUGGUUCUUUAAAAGGUGAAGAUUAUCAACUCGGUAUAAAGCCGUCGGAUUUUAAGACGUUGAUUGGAAAAGAUCAUGAGGAAUUCAAAACUCAACGUCAACAGGAUGCUUUGGAGUUUCUACAAUAUUUCUUCAGUAAAACGGAUCAAAUGCUUGGUCUCAAGUUAAAUGAAAACUUUAAAUUCUUAUUCGACACUAAAAUCGUUUGCGCAAAUUGUAAUCACGGUUCGAUUAAAGAAGAACUUUUGGAUAAUAUAUCUGUUCCGCUUCCUGCUGAAGAAAACAAGAAUUCGGAAAGCACUACUAUCGAAAAGUGUUUGAGAAGUUUAGUUGCAAAAGAGGCAAUUGCUGAUUAUCAAUGUGAUCAUUGCCACCACAGUCCUGGUAUGGCCUACAAAUCGAGUGGAUUUAGUACUUAUCCAAGGAAUUUGGUCAUUGGUGUGCAAAGAAUUAAACUCAAGAAUUGGACACCCGUAAAAGUUGAGGAUCCAAUUUCUCUCGAGUAUGAAUUAGAUUUGAGCACUUUUGAGGCUCCAAAAUUCGCUACAGGUGAAAGUGAAAACCAACUUGAAAAUAGGGAAGAAAAUACUGAUGCUUCACCUUCUUCUUCCUUAAAAUUUGUACCAAACGCAGAUGCGUUGGAAAUGCUUUUGUCUAUGGGUUUUCCUGAAGUGAGAUGUAUUAAUGCAUUGCAUGCAACAGGAAACAGUGACACAGAGAUGGCAAUGAACUGGAUUCUCGCAAAUAUGGACGAUCCAACUAUUGAUGUGCCCCUCGAUGAAAACAACAAAAAUAGUGGUAACACAAGCGAAAUUCCAACCAACGUUGAUGUUGUUGGUGAUGGUAAUGGUGCUGAAAACGAUGCAUCCAUUGGGAACUUAACGGAAAUGGGCUUUUCUUAUCAGUUAUCCAAAAAAGCGUUACAUGUUAGUAAGGGAGAUCUAGAAGCAGCUGUUGCAUGGUUAUUUGAUAAUCCUGAUGAUGAUGGUAUCAUUGUCGAAAAUGACGAACUCAAAGUCGACGUGAAAAAAGAAGAACGUGAGUUGAUAAAGACGUUACAAGGACAAGCUCAUGACAGUAACAACAAUUUAGUAAACCGAAAAACUCGAUAUAACCUCAAGUCUGUCAUUUGCCACAAGGGAACAUCUCCUCAUACCGGACACUAUGUCGUUUUUAUUAGAAAAUUAAUUGAUGGCAAAUGGACAUGGGUCCUCUUCAAUGAUGAAAAAGUUGUUGUUUGUGAUGAGAAUAGCCUCGCUGAAAUUGAGAAAACUGGAUACAUCUACAUUUAUGAGAAAGCUGAGUAA